AUGCUACCCGUCAAAGUCGAAAGACUCGUCAAUCGUGCACUUUCGAACCAUGUGCUUCCCCGCUCAGUGAAGACACGACCAACUCAACUGCGUAUCACCCUCUGCAGGUCCUACGCUACCCACAAUGAUCGGGUCCCCGCGUCGUCUCUUCUCUCUAGCGCACUGGAGCAGAAUCAGCGGCAGACUCGCGGAGAAGACUAUGUGGGACCCUUUCAACUUGGUUUGAUCCCGCCCACACCCCGUGGUGGAGGUAACACGAAGAAAUGGUCUGAGCUGAGCACGGCUGGCAAAGUUGCGCGCACAACUGCGCGUACGACCAACCUUGCCGUGAUCUUGGUCGGUGCUGGCCUGUCGGCCGUGCUCAUCUACGCCUUGACUUCAGAGCUCUUCUCCAAGAACUCGGCCACUGUGCUAUAUGGACAAGCUUGUGAUAAGAUCAAGGCCUCUCCUGCUCUUGCCAGACAUCUUCAGGGCUCACUUAUCUUCCACAAUAACCCCCCUUCCUCGCUCCGUCCGCGGCACCGCAACCAUCACGUUUCGUCACAAGUAGUUGUCGAUUCCACGGGCAGGGAGCACAUGCUGCUUCAUUUCUACGUUCAAGCUCGCCCGCCGGGAUCGAAAGCAUUCGAAAACGGCUCCGAAGACGUGUCUUACGCCGACAAGGCAUCAGCUUGGGUGAAGCGAACAGCAUCAUCACUGUCCGACUUGACAACGGACGAGCUCGCGGAAAAGAGCAAGGCUCGUGCACAGGCAGCUAUGGACUCAACUAAGGAGUUGUUCCACUUCCUGAGCGGCGAUCCUCUACCGAGGUCCCAACCGGAGCAAUCGGCGAAAGAGGAGGUUCGGCAGGAAAAGGAGGAGAAGGGAUGGACGUCUGGUGUCACGGGCCUGUUCUCGGGAUUGAGGGGUACGACCAAAAGCUCUCCCGAGAGCAGAGACAGUACGGACGCCAGUGCGUACUCUGAGGGCGAGGUGCACGCCGAUCUGAUAUUAAACGAUGAUGGAUAUUACAAGUUUCGGUACCUAUUCGUGGACAUUCCAAAUUCACGAAGCUGGAGCUCGAAGCGGAUAUUCGUCGAGCAAGCCGCCGGCGUACGAGACAACGAACCCAUUAUGUCAUGGUCCUCAUAA